AACUCUCUCAAGUCUUCAAUGGCGUCUCGGUGUUAGGAACAAGAGCGAGAGAGACGAAGAUGGUGAGGGGCAGCAUUGGAAUACUGGCGGUGUUGUUUCUCUGGGUCUGGGAAACUACGGCGUAUGGAGAGCUGAGCCGGCAGCCGCAGCAGCAGCAGAAACAGCACCGGAAUGCGUACGCGGCGAUGAUGUACAUGGGUACGCCGAGGGACUACGAGUUCUACGUGGCGACACGCGUCAUGAUCAGAUCGCUUGUUAAGCUCAACGUGGACGCCGAUCUCGUCGUCAUUGCCUCGCCGGACGUCCCCCUCCGAUGGGUCCAAGCCAUGGAACAGGAAGAUGGGGCAAAGGUGGUGAGAGUGGAAAAUUUGAACAAUCCAUACAAGGAUCAGCACAAUUUUGAUAAAAGAUUCAAGUUAACCUUGAACAAACUCUAUGCAUGGAGCCUAGUGCAGUAUGACAGGGUGGUCAUGCUUGAUUCAGACAAUCUCUUUCUCCAAAAUACCGAUGAGCUCUUCCAAUGUGGUCAAUUCUGUGCUGCUUUCAUUAACCCUUGCAUCUUCCACACUGGCCUCUUUGUGUUGCAGCCAUCAAUGGAAGUGUUCAAGGACAUGCUUCAUCAGUUGGAUAUUGGGAAAGACAAUCCUGAUGGUGCUGACCAGGGUUUUAUUGGUGGUUACUUCCCGGACUUGCUUAGUCAACCCUUGUUCCAUCCACCCUCUGAUGGCUCCAAGCUUAAUGGAACCUACAGACUUUCUUUAGGCUAUCAAAUGGAUGCUUCUUAUUACUAUCUUAGACUGCACUGGAGUGUACCGUGCGGACCUAACAGUGUGAUUACCUACCCCGGUGCAGCAUGGUUGAAGCCAUGGUAUUGGUGGUCAUGGCCUGUGCUUCCAUUAGGCAUAUCCUGGCAUAAACAACGUCAUAAUACUCUCGGGUAUGGUGCAGAGAUGCCUGUGUUUGUAAUACAGUUCAUCAUAUUUCUUGGAAUAAUCACAGUGACACGUCUAGCGCGACCAAACAUGUCAAAAUUGUGCUAUAGGCGAUCGGACAAGGGCAUAAUACACACAGCCCUCAAAGUAAUAGCUAUGCUGUCCAUUCUAGCUGCUUACACAGUACCUUUCUUGGUCAUUCCCCACACGAUUCAUCCAAUAUUAGGCUGGAGUCUAUAUUUCCUCGCCUCGUUCACCCUCUGCUUCAUUGCAGUCAAUGCGUUUUCACUACCAAUGCUGCCUGUUUUAGUACCAUGGAUUGGCAUUUUCGGCGUUCUUUUGGUCAUGGUAUGCCCUUGGUUUCCAAAUGGUGUUAUAAGAGCUCUCUCUGUGUUUCUCUAUGCAUUCUGUGCAGCACCAUUCUUAUGGGUGUCUCUGGUUAAGAUCAUGACAUCUCUUCAAGCUUCGCUUGAAAGGGAAGCAUACUUUCCUAAGAUUGGAUGAGUCCUCUCCUAGUUUGACAUGGAAGGCAUAUACAAAUCCAGACAAGAUUCACGCAGAGACAGGGCAACUUUUUGCGGAUCUGGAAAUUUUGUAACUUGGGGACGAGGGAGAACGGGUAAGAGAUGGAAGCAUUUAUUUUGCAUAGCCUUCCACCAUUGCCUUUGUACUAUAAACUGCAUUGGUAUUAGUUUGAACUGAACCCCAAAAGGGUAGUCCGGCAAGAAAAACGUCUGUAACUAUACCAG